UAUCUUCUCUCAACAAAGGGGGCGUGGCAGAUUUAAAGUGAAACUGAAAGUUGAGGAAAACAAAAACUAGUUUUUCAACGAAGCAAACAGACUAGGACUUGUUUUCGAGAUGUAAACCUUUACACAUACACAAAAUACGCCUAAAUGGUGACUCUACCCAGUAUGUUACAGGGACCUCUGCAGGCCCUACUCCGACCUGCGAUGUGGAUCCCAGGCAUAAAAAAUCUACACAGCCAUUUUGUUACAUGGCAGUCUGAUAAACCACCGACCGAGGUACUAGCUGCAUUGGUUAGUGCAAUAAAACAGAUCAAGUCAGCAGAUGACACAGGUUCAUAUUAUGAUAUACACAAGAUUAACAAAGACAAAUAUUUCCUACGUGUGUUUUGUUUUACCAGAGCGGAAUGGUUGGAUGUUGUCGAGAUUGAAAUAAAAGAAGAUAGCAUCGAGGCAAAAUCUUUUUCAAGCGGUUUUCUGCCAUUGUUCAUACCAUUUGCAUUUAUACUUAAUUGCGUGUUCUUUUGGGUCCCUUUCUACGACAACAAAUUAAACAAAGCGAGACUGGAACUGAUCAAACAUUACACUGAUUUAGCUAUUUCAGAACAAAAGGUCAACUCUUUAAAUGAUCCACCAAUACUGGAAAACAGUGAACAACAUAACACCAAUACUCAAUCACAUACACCUCAUAUGGGUGAAGUUGAUACUCCUCAGGAUGGUGCUAUCAUGGGCAAUGCAACUGAGAGCCCAUAUGGAGGUGCUGAUAAGGAAAUUCCUGAAAUUAUCACAGACUCAUAGCAGAAGAAAUUUUGAAAUUUGAAAUUACCUAAUAUUUAUAUAUUUUUCAAUUAAUUUUUUUAUUUACAAGAAAAAAUUAUAAUAUUAUAAAACCCUCUUGAGAAUAUAACAAUUGGUUGGU